AUGGCGGCCGCGAGCAAACCGCCGCGUCACGGGCGCUCCCAUUUAAACAUUUCUCAUACGGCGUUUGGCCGCAUCUUUGAAGACGUUGAAGACUUGGCGGCCCCAAACCCCUGCAUCAUCGACCUUCUGCUUGCAGACCGCCACGGGUUUGAGCAAUGGCGACAAUGCCUGCUCCUGACUGAGGGCCUCGAUGAUACCUACCCCUACAGCCAGGUGGCAUACGAUGAAUAUUGUGCGCUGCGAAGCGAGCAGGUGCAACCUGGAGAUGCUGCUUUUCGCCUUCGCGAUUUGCACAAGCUUUUGCAGGGCAUGUGGAUUUCCUCCGUCGUCAACUUGCAGAAUAGUGCUUGCAGCGAAGCCGAAAUCGCCAUGCUCAGCCUCAGUCGAGAAACCUGCCUCGUCUGUGGUGAUCGAAGUGCCAUUCGUUCCGCCAUCGAAGCUCAGAUGGGCCGGCCGUUGACCGACGUUGAAAUCUCGCUCAUUGGCGAUCGCUGUCGUGGUGGCCGCCUACAGCUGACGCUUCAGCGCCUGCAGCCCGAGAAUACGGCCCUGGUCGACCUUGCGCGCGCCUGUGCUGAGCUUCAACGCGGUGUACGCGGUGCCGCUAUCCGUGCUGUUGCCUGCCUUGACCGGGCCACGACGGCCUACUCAGUGGCCUCUCGAAUGACUUUGACUGGAGCGAAGGCAAGCCGAGGUGGCGCCCGAGAUAGUGCUGCCAAGCUCCCAACCUUGCCCACUGCUACGGACAUUGUGCCGAGCAAAGGAGGCAUUCGUCUUCGACGACCGAGCAGACAAGGACAAUUUCUGCCUCGCUUGGAUCGUAAGGCGCGCAUCAAGUUGCGGUGCUACCGCUAUGCCAAGGCAUCCGACAGCUACAUAGGUACUCGACUCGGCAUGCUUCGUGAUAUUUACAGCAGCUAUGUGGCCCCACAUGCAUUUCGACGCCUUCGCUUGCCAGCACAAAUCAUGCGACGAUUGGACGCUGUGCUGAGCUCGCUGAAGAACAACACCGUUGUUGGUCUUGAUGAAUUUGAGCCCGCUCUUCGCCUUGUGCGCACGGCUCUCUGCAAGCUCUUGCCUGCUUUUCAAGAAGCCUGGCAUCGCUAUGAACGCAUCAAGCUGCUGGAAAAACCCACCAUGACGCCUCCGGCCGAAAAAGACAAGGCACCCGCCCCACUUCCCCCGCGCCAGCUGACAGCUCAUGAUGACUCCCAUAACAAACGAGUAUUCUUCUCCCUUCAAGGUGGUCUCGUCACUUAGUUUGAGUCGGGUCUCCUCGGGACCGUGAGCCAUGCCAUACCUUAGCCUGCGCUUUCCGUCCCUGUGACGGGAGAAAUGGAGUCAAGCCUGAACAUUAGUGAACAUUUAGAAACAUUUUUCAUCGUACACCCUUUUUGUGCUUAGACCUGCCGGUGCCUGUGUUCGUCAAGCGAUAUCGCCCCUCUUGCACCGCAAUCCAUAAUGAAGACG